GACACAACGUGCCUACACUUCCUAGCAUUGAACAACAACUGAACAUCCACUCCAGCUGCUUCUCAAGUGAGGGAUAGUCUGAGCUGAUCGGAUUCAAUAAGCAUACAGCAUUUUGUGCUGAACUGGUUUUGUAGUUGUUUGUGUUUAUAUUGGACUCUGGGAAUCAUGAAAUAGCAGCCCUGCUCGUUUCAUCCAUAAACUGAGUGUCAUAAAGUUAUCUAUCACGGCAUGUCCUCUCUGUGCUGGAUUUUUUGAUGGGGUUUUUAAGGUUAAAGAUGCCGCCGAAGUUUCAGCUCCUGGCUCUGUUGGCCUUCGCCAUUGCGAUGAUCUUUUUGGAAAACCAAAUUCAGAAGCUCGAGGAGUCGCGGGGGAAGCUGGAACGAGUCAUUGCCAGACACGAGGUACGAGAGAUUGAGCAACGGCACAUUCAAGAGGGGGCGAAGGUGGCCCUGGUCGAGGAAGAUGAUCUGGUGGUCAUCUACAACCGAGUGCCCAAAACAGCCAGUACCUCCUUCACCAACAUCGCCUACGACCUGUGCAACAAGAACCACUACCAUGUGCUGCACAUCAAUACCAGCAAAAACAAUCCCGUCAUGUCUCUUCAGGAUCAGGUACGGUUUGUAAAGAAUGUGACGUUAUGGAAGGAGAUGAAGCCUGCGUUCUACCAUGGACAUGUUUCCUUUCUGGACUUCACCAAAUUUGGAGUGAAGAAAAAGCCUAUUUACAUAAAUGUUAUCCGGGACCCUAUUGAGCGUUUGGUGUCUUACUACUAUUUCCUGCGCUUUGGUGAUGACUACAGACCAGGCCUGCGACGCAGAAAGCAAGGGGACAAAAAGACGUUUGAUGAUUGUGUAGCUGCUGGAGGAUCUGACUGUGCUCCAGAGAAACUGUGGCUUCAGAUUCCCUUCUUCUGUGGUCAUUACUUUGAGUGCUGGAACAUUGGCAGCAAAUGGGCUUUGGAGCAAGCCAAAUACAACCUGGUGAAUGAAUACAUGUUAGUCGGAGUGACGGAGGAGCUGGAAGACUUUGUUAUGAUGUUGGAGGCAGCCCUCCCUCGCUUUUUUAAGGGAGCCACAGAGCUCUUUCGGACAGGGAAGAAGUCGCACCUAAGGAAAACGAGUGAGAAGAAGCCGCCCACAAAAGAGUCUAUAGCCAGACUGCAGCAGUCAGACAUCUGGAAAAUGGAGAAUGAGUUUUAUGAGUUUGCACUUGAGCAGUUCCAGUACGUCCGGGCUCACGCGGUGAGAGAAAAAGAUGGAGAACUGUACCUACUGGCACAGAACUUUUUCUAUGAGAAAAUCUACCCAAAGACUAGCUGAGACUCAUAACGCUGUACGCUGUGGUCAGAAACACUGGAGGCAGGAUUCAAUACGUUCUGCCUGACCGCUCUCCAUCUGGAAGAGUGCAUUUAGAGCAACUGAAACUAGUCCGUGCCACAGGGAAGAGUCUUGGGGCCAAAUACCUGUCAAGAGCUUUAUCCCCCCAAUACAUAUCGUCUCAAAGAAGGCUUAAAAGCUCUCUAAUGCGCUUUGCAAGUGACUGAGGUCUUGUUCGUGUCAUUUUAUCAAGACAACCAUCACCUUUCUGCCAUAGGGAUUUCAUACAGGUGCUGCCACAUUUCAGAAUGUUUUGUUAUUGUAUUAAUUUAAUGCUUUAAGGUUUUUUUGUUUGUUUUUUUUUGACUGAUUAAUGCUGUUUUGGGAGUUUUAACAUCUUAUUUUAAAGUACCGAUGACUACUAAACAUUCUUGAAGCUCUUUAUCAAGCUGAAAGAAUUUGUAAUUUAAUAAUAAAUGAAAUGAGGAAUGCUUUAUUUCUUUGACUUUUUAAAAUGUUGAACUCAUAUGUCUUGUCCUUGAAAUACCAGCAUUUAUUUGUUGGUGAAAAAAUUAUCCACAUUUGCCGCUUGCUAUUUUUAAAACCGAACCCAGUCCUGCUUUUUUUUUUUCAGCAAUUGCAGGUAAUAUAUUUUUAGCUACAAUUAUAUGUAAAACUGGUCAUAAAAGUUACAGUUGGACCAAAAAAUGUAAUGUAUGGGAGGAUAAAGAAUUGAAGUUAAACUGCUUAUCUGCACGUGGAUCGUUGUACUGUUAGUGGUUCUUGGUAAACGGCAAUUAUUUUGUUUUAAUUUGCUUUUAUAUAAUUUCUGACUGUAUUAUUUUGAUUGUUUGAUAAAACACUUUUUUUCAAGGACUUCUCAUAGCAACAUAACAUUAGUCUGCUGCUUUGAUUCCGAGAUCAUGGACUGUAAAUGUGUUCAUUGAAAGAAAGACUCUGACUUCAUCGAGACUGUGCCUUUUUCCCUGAAACACAGAGCUGUUAUUAUAGCCAGUGUAAAUAUGACUUGACGUCUCGGCAUAUAAAUUGAUAAGGAAUUGUUUUACAAUUUGAAAUGGGUACAGUUGCAUUGAUUGUCAUUAUUAAUAUCAGUGUGCAAAUGGGCAACCAUCAUAUGAAAUUGUUUGCCUUGUUGAUGGUACUACAAGAGUGGAACUAAUGAAUUUUGAAAAUGGAAAUCUGCGUCCUGAGUACAAUUCCAGUGUUUAUGUACAUCUUUUCUAAACACACAUUUGUGCAUGAAAUGGGUGCUGGAUUGCAGUUGCCCCUAAAGUCUUCAAGACACAAUAAGUAGAACAGUAGAAUAUGUACAAAAUAUUAUAGACGUUCUCGUAGAUAUUUUUUGAGUAUCAAAACCAAUAUGUACUGUAUAAGAAACACUAGAGUAACCUGUACAUAUACGUUGUAUUGGUUUUAUAUCUCUAUUUCGCAGUACCAUCAUGUGAGCCUGUAUUUGUUUUUGUUUUGUUUUUUAAUUAAUGAAACUCCAGGAGCUUUGCUUUUUUUUCUGCUGUCAUGGAUUUAAAAACCGAUUUUUGGAUAUGUCAGCCACAUUAAAAAUAGUUUGAUUUCUUUUU